AUGUACAGGGACUUGGUCAAACUUUUGGGAGCUGCCACUGCGGGUAUCCAUUCCAUGAUGGACGAGCAUUUUGGCAUAAGUGUUGUGGAAUUUAUGGCUGCUGGUGCAAUUCCAAUAGCCCACAACUCAGCUGGUCCGAAGAUGGACAUUGUGCUGGAAGAAGAGGGACAACAAACAGGAUAUCUUGCACAAUCCGAGAAUGAGUGUGCAGAAGCUAUUCCCGUAGUUUUGAGAAUGCCAGAGACUGACCGGCUUAAGAUUGCAGCUGCUGCAGGAAGCGAGCAGGCCGAUUUUCAAAGCAGAAAUUUUAUGAGGAUUUUAAGGCCUCAGUUCGACAGUAGACCCCAGUCCCCAAACAUAACAGCAAACAAGAAUGGAAAAGUGACUACAGUAUAAACUGCGGGAUUGGCUUCCUGAUAUCUAGAAACACUGUAAAAUAAGUGUGCAUUUAGUAUUCGAACCAUCAAACAGAAAGAAAAAACAAGAAACCUAAGUCACUAUUUGGUGUUUGAAUCACUCUUUCCAACAUAAGUUUUUUAAAUAUGUUUAGCCAAACAAACAGCAUUCAAUCAUGCAUAAGCAUUUAAGGUUGAUAGUGAAGAAUAAGGAAGCAAAAAAGAGCGUCUAAGUCUUGUACUUUGAUUUGAGAAUCGAAACUCAUACACUAUCACAUUUUGGCAGCAGAUAACUUAUAAGAAACAUAUUGACUGAUAAAUCAUAGCAUCAAGUUGGAGCUUAGCAAUUCCGUGACUAAUAUAUCACAUCAAUGUUGUUGGUGUUCAAAUUUAAUUUCAGGGUUUAUAUUUAGUAGGGGUGAAGCAGUAGCAAGGUAAUACAAAAGCAGCAGCAGCAAGGUAAUA